CAGCAGGGUUUCAGGGAGUACGCUCGUAACCGCCUCUGCUGCACUUUUUCUCUUUCCUCCUCAAUUCUCUCUCUCUUACUUUCUCUUUCUACUCUCUCUCUCUCCUCCUUCACGCCAUUCCCAUUGCUGUACGAUAAAGGCGACGUUUUUACAACAAAGACAGCCCCUUUCUCAUUCUCUCUCAACUGAUACGGGAGUUCAUCAACAAAGCAAUAAGCUUUUUCUCAUCCCCCCUCCCCCCCUCCGAGCUCGCUCAGGGUACUAACGCAAACCGAUGGUUGCUGAAGCAAAUAACUUGUGCUUAAGGUGAAAGUUGGCAUUACCAAAUAAGGGUUUGGACAAGUCCAGUCCAUCAACCUUGAAGCUUACCAGUUCUCUUAACUUCUUCAGAUUUCAGAACCUGUUUCAGAUUGUGAGGCCUGUCUGCUUGGUAUUUUUUGUGACAAAGUGAAAGCGUCAAGCUGUUCUGAUCUCAAAUAUUAGCAGGGUUAACUUGGGCUGGUGUAUCGCAACAUUUCAAAUGAGGUGAAACUGGAAUAUAUAAAUUGGUUCACUCCCUUCAAUCCAAAAGCUGCAACUUGUUCUAAACAUAAUUGAGGCUAUCUCUUGCAGAAGGAUGUCAUAUAUUCAUCCAUUCCUCUUUUAUUUCCUUCUCUGCAUCUCUACCUCAAGUGCAAAUUAUGCAGGAGAUAUCCAAACAUUAAUCACUCUGAGGGAUGAAUUUUCUCCAGCAAAAAAUCUUAUUCCCAACUGGUUUGAUCCCAAAAUCCCACCCUGCAAUUGGACUGGCAUAACCUGUACUGGGCUAACUGUUGAAGGAAUAGAUUUAUCAUACAUUCCCCUUAAACUCUCUAUUCCAAGCUGCAUUGGGGAAUUUAGAUCUCUGAAGCUCCUCAACUUCAGCAAUUGUCAACUCUCCGGUCAACUUCCAGAAUCAAUCAGCAAGUUAAAAGACCUACAAAAACUAGACUUAAGUACAAAUCAACUCUCGGGAGCUCUUCCACCGUGGAUUGCCAAUCUGAAAAUGCUCAGGGAACUAAUGUUGGACAACAAUUCCUUCUAUGAAAGCUUGACUCCAUUCAUUUGCCAGCUUCGAGGUCUUGUAAAGCUUUCUGUGAAAGCAAAUUCCUUUUCUGGAAGUCUAUCACCGAACAUUGGAAAUCUUCAGAACCUGGAAUUUCUUGACUUGAGUAGCAAUUCAUUCUCUGGAGUUUUACCUCCCAACCUUGGAAAUCUCACAAGGCUUCAGCAUUUGGAUAUCAGCCAAAAUGGGUUCACUGGAUCGAUCUUUCCUGGCAUUGGAAAUCUGCGGAAUCUCUUAACACUUGAUUUAUCUACCAACAGCUUGACGGGAAUCUUGCCUUCAGAAAUUGGCAAUUUGGAAAGCCUUGAGUUGCUUUGGCUGGGACCAAAUGGCUUCACUGGUAAUAUUCCUGCGGAGAUCGGCAACCUGAAGAAGCUCAGAGCACUUUCUCUCCGAAUUUGCAAGCUUCAAGGGGAAAUUCCAGACGAAAUAUCCAAUCUGAAGAGUUUGACAGAGUUGGAUAUGUCAGAGAACAGUUUCGAAGGGGAAUUGCCAGCUGAAAUAGGGAAUUUGGGUAAUUUGAAAUAUUUGGUAGCAGCUAAUGCAGGGUUGGAUGGGCUCAUUCCAAAGAGUUUGGGACGAUGCAAGAAUUUAACAAUGCUAGAUUUGUCAUUCAAUUCUCUCUCGGGUCCUUUACCAGAGACUUUGACUGGGUUGCAAUCGAUCAGGACUUUCAUCGUCGAAGGGAAUCAUCUUUCAGGUCCAAUACCAAUCUGGAUAUCAAACUGGAAACUCGUCAAUUCGAUUAGGCUUGGCAAGAAUCUCUUCUGUGGUUCUUUACCAUCUAUAAAACUGCAAUUUUUGAUAGAAUUUUCAGCUGAUGCCAACCAAUUAUCAGGGGAGAUCCCUUCUUCUAUCUGUGAAGCUCAGUCUUUUUCUUCUCUUUCACUCUCUGAAAACAAUCUUACUGGGAGCAUUGAGCACACCUUCAAACGCUGCUCAAAUCUAACCACCCUCACACUUAUGGGAAACAAUUUGUCUGGAGAGGUACCAGGUUAUUUUGGUGAGCUACCUCUUAUCACCCUCGAACUGUCACAGAAUAACUUCUCUGGUUCUCUCCCUGAUCAGCUUUGGGAGUCACACACCAUUCUCGAAAUUUUCCUGGGCAAUAACAAGCUUGAUGGCCAGAUUCCUGAUAAUAUCGGAAGACUUGCUGGAUUACAGAGGUUGAUUUUGGAAAAUAAUUUAUUUGAAGGACCCAUUCCGAGCUCUAUUGGGAAACUAAGGAACCUGACCAAUUUGUCACUCCACGGAAAUAGAUUAUCUGGUGAAAUCCCUGCAGAACUCUUCGACUGUGAGAAUUUAGUAGCUCUUGAUCUAGGCAUGAACAAUUUGACUGGGUCAAUUCCUAAAGCCAUAUCUCGCUUGAAGCUACUCGAUAACUUGGUUCUGGCUCAAAACCAGCUCUCGGGUCAAAUACCAAAUGAGAUAUGUGCCGGGUUUCAACAGGUUGUAGACUUACCCGAUUCUGAGUUCAGUCAACAUUAUGGUGUGCUAGAUUUGUCAUAUAACAAUCUCACAGGUAGCAUUCCCUUAGCAAUCAAGAACUGCACUGUGGUGAAGGAGCUUCGACUGCAAGGUAAUAAACUCAAUGGCAGCAUCCCUUAUGAGCUCACUGUGUUAUUGAACUUGACCAUCUUGGAUUUGUCCUUCAAUUAUCUGACUGGUGACAUCAUUCCUCGUCAUUUCCCUAUGAGAAAUCUCCAAGGGCUCUUACUGUCAAACAACAAGCUUGAAGGUUCUAUCCCUGAUGAUUUGAGCACAAUGGUACCUAACCUUGUGAAACUUAAUUUAUCCAGCAACCAACUUACCAGUCACUUUCCAGGAUCCAUCUUCAAUAUCAAGAGCCUGACUCAUAUUGAUAUCAGCCAGAAUCUCCUUCAGGGACCUAUACCAUUUUCUGGGAGCAUUUCCCUUCUGAUACUCAAUGCAAGCAACAAUCAGUUCUCUGGUUCUAUAUCAAAGUUUGUUUCCAAUUUGACUUCCCUUUCAAUUCUCGACCUCCACAAUAACAAUCUCACCGGCAGCCUUCCUUUGUCGCUUACAACUCUUGAUUACUUAACAUACCUUGAUCUUUCUAACAACGAUCUUUAUGAUGCUAUCCCUUGUGAUAUUUGUAGCAUUGUUGGGCUUUCCUUUGUAGAUUUAUCUGGAAACAAGUUUGACAAGUUCUCACCUGAGAAUUGCAAGGUUAGCAACUCUUGUAGAGGCAGUCACAUUGCAUCAGUUCCUUUUGGAGCUCACCCCUCUCCACGAGCUCUAACUCAAGCAUCUGUUUGGGGAAUUAUUAUUGGGGGCUCUACCAGUUUCCUCGUUCUUCUGUUUAGCUUCCUUCGUUGGCGUACACUAAGGCAGGGAAGUUCAACUCUUGGUCUUUCCAGCAAGGGAAAGCCAUCGGCCAUUGAACCAGCAUCUACCGAUGAGCUCCUAGGCAAAAAGUUGAAAAAAGAACCCAUUAGCAUAAACAUAGCUACUUUUGAGCAUGCACUCCUUCGACUAACUCUUGGUGAUAUCUUGAAAGCAACAGAUAACUUCAGCAAGGCCCACAUCAUCGGUGACGGUGGCUUUGGCACUGUUUAUAAGGCAGUCCUUCCAGAAGGCGGCGUGGUCGCAAUCAAGAGGCUAAGUGGUGGAGCGAGUUAUCAAGGCGAUCGAGAGUUCUUGGCAGAAAUGGAGACGAUAGGUAAGGUGAAGCACCGCAAUUUGGUCCCUCUCCUCGGCUACUGCGUCUUUGGGGAUGAACGCUUCUUGAUCUAUGAAUACAUGGCAAACGGGAGCCUUGACCUGUGGCUGCGUAAUCGAGCAGAUGCAAUAGAAACACUUGAUUGGCCAACCCGGUUCAGGAUUUGCCUUGGCUCUGCACGUGGUCUUGCAUUCCUCCACCAUGGAUUUGUACCACACAUAAUUCACCGAGACGUGAAGUCCAGUAACAUUCUACUCGACGAGGGUUUCGAACCGAGAGUAUCUGAUUUUGGACUGGCACGCAUCAUAAGUGCUUGUGAGACGCACGUGAGCACAGACCUUGCUGGGACUUUCGGAUAUAUCCCACCGGAGUAUGGCAUGAGUAUGAAGUCGACAGCAAAGGGCGAUGUGUAUAGUUUCGGUGUAGUAGUGUUGGAGUUGAUAACAGGAAGGCCAGCGACUGGGGAGGAGUUGUUAGAUGGAGGAGGGAACCUCGUGGGAUGGGUGAGGUGGAUAGAAGAGAAGGGAAAAAUCGAUCUCGUGUUUGACCCAUGCUUGAUGUCAGCAUGUGAUGGUGGUCGUGGGAGAUGGAGAGAGCAAAUGAGAAGGGUCCUGACAGUGGCGAAAGCAUGCACAGCCGACGAGCCAUGGAGGAGACCGAGCAUGCUCGAGGUGGUGAAGAAUUUCAAGGGGAUUGAGUUGAUGGAGGAUUACAGUGAUACAGGCGCACAAGGCGUUUGAUCGUGGAAGGUACUAACUAACUAGCUACUGAAUAUGUUGUUGUUCCGUGCCUUAUAUAUCAUAUGUUUUUCUAUGUAGUUUAGUGAAAGCUGUAUGUGAAUUUGAGAGAUCAAAUGUGGUGUAAAUAAUCUGCUAACAAAAUCGAGCAUGUAUCAUUCUGGAAUGAGUAAAAUUGAGGUAUUAGAAAACUUGACUGUUUCCUGAUCCAGAAGCUAUAUUAGAAAAGUCUUACCUUGAUGCGAUAA